CGCCUUUGAGGAGAGCUUCAUUAGAGGUGAUCUCCCCCGGAGCUACUUGACGUGGAAAAGCUUCAGGAGCCAGUGGUACAAAAGAAAACACUUCGACUUGACCUGACCCUGCUUUUUCCAACCUGUUUUAGGACACACAGAUGCUGGCUGCUGCCCAGUCGCCUCCUCCUCCUCUUCGUCCUCCUCCUCCUCAGCAGCGCUUCAGUCCCGCCCAUCGCCACCUGGCUCUGCUGCGCACCGCCGACUGGAGGCAGAGCGCCGCUACUCCUCUUCCCCACGCCAACGGAGAAGAAGCACAAUACAAGGAGACCGAGGGUGUGUGCGUGAUUUUUUUCUCAUACUUAAAAAAAGCUGUUUUUUUCCUUUCCGGAACUUAAGGGAUUUUUAGAAGAAAAGUGCGAAGACGGGUAAAAAAGAAGAAAAAAGAGAGAGAAAUCAGACGGGUGCCCUGCGCAGUACAGCAUCCUCCCUCUGCAUCUCUUUCUCGCCUCUCCUCCUUCUUUGCCUCUGCGCUUUUUUUUACAAGACUCCCGGCUCUCCCACCCUGAAUAUCCCCAGUGACUGAUCACUUAUUGCGAGCCGCGAGGUGCCCCCUUUUUUCCUCUCUUUUUUUGUCGGAGUUUGAACCACAUUUCUGAGCUGCUGGAAGUACACCGCCAGAGCCCCUGAGAGCUGGCUGGACUCUGUAGUUUUCGUCUUCCCGUACACAGGCGGAUCAUCGAGGGGACCUUGCGCGGAGUCAAAAGGACUGGAAAUUAUUUUGCCUCCUCACAUCGACGUAACGCAUGGUGGGAAUUUCUGCCUCUUUUCAGUAUCGCACUGGGAAGCGCUCCACCAUGCCCGACUCACCUGCGGACGUCAAGACACAGUCCAGGUUGACCCCCCCUACUAUGCCACCCCCACCCAGUACACAAGGAGCUCCUCGUAACAGCUCCUACACACCCACCACAUUAACCAAUGGCAGCAGCCACUCCCCAACAGCGCUUAACGGAGCUCCAUCUCCUCCAAACGGCUACAGUAAUGGUCCCAGCUCAUCCUCCUCAUCCUCUCUGGCUAACCAGCAGCUGCCGCCGGCCUGCGGUGCCCGACAGCUCAGCAAGCUCAAGCGCUUCCUCACAACCCUACAGCAGUUUGGGAACGACAUCUCACCUGAAAUUGGCGAACGAGUCCGCACACUAGUUCUGGGACUGGUGAAUUCCACGCUAACCAUCGAAGAAUUUCACUCCAAGCUCCAAGAAGCCACCAACUUCCCUCUGCGACCUUUUGUCAUCCCCUUUCUGAAGGCCAACCUGCCGCUGCUUCAGAGGGAGCUGCUGCACUGUGCCAGACUGGCCAAGCAGAACCCGGCUCAGUACCUGGCCCAACACGAGCAGCUCCUCCUGGACACCAGCACCACCUCCCCGGUGGACUCCUCCGAGCUCCUGCUGGACGUCAACGAGAACGGCAAGAGAAGGACGCCGGACAGAACCAAAGAGAACGGCUUCGAGCGAGAUGGUUCCCUGCAUCCCGACGUCCACCCCAGCAAACGGCCCUGCACCAUAAGCCCCGCCCAGCGUUUCAGCCCGUCCAAUGGGCUCUCCUACCAGCCCAACGGCCUGCCUCACCCGGGCCCUCUCCCCCCGCAGCACUACAGGCUAGACGACAUGGCCAUCGCCCAUCACUACCGGGACACCUACAGACACCCUGCCUCCAACCAUCGGGAGAUCCGGGAGAGAGCCAGGCCCAUCGGUAUGCACACGGGGACCAGGCAGGAGGAAGUGAUCGACCACCGGCUGACCGACAGAGAAUGGGCUGAGGAGUGGAAGCACCUUGACCAUGUAAGAAAACUGCUGAACUGCAUCAUGGACAUGGUGGAGAAAACGAGGCGCUCGCUGACGGUACUGCGGCGGUGCCAGGAGGCCGACCGUGAGGAGCUCAACUACUGGAUCCGACGAUACAGUGAUGCUGAGGAGCUGAAGAAGGGAGCUGCUAGCGGGCAGUCUAGGCAGCAGAGCCCCGCAGCACAGGAGAACGCAACAUCAGAAAUCCACAGAGAGCUGCUGCACCGGCCAGUGUCCGGCUACGUUCCUGAAGAGAUCUGGAAGAAAGCCGGUGCGGGAGGCUUGACUUCCUCUGUGUCCACACUCUUUCCAGAAGAGGCGGUGAAUGAGGUGAAGCGGCAGGCCAUGUCAGAGCUGCAGAAAGCCGUGUCAGAGGCCGAGCGAAAGGCUCACGAGAUGAUCAGCAGCGAGCGGGCCAAGAUGGAGCGCACGGUAGCCGAGGCCAAGCGUCAGGCGGCCGAGGAUGCGCUGUCCAUCAUCAACCAGCAGGAGGACUCCAGCGAGAGCUGCUGGAACUGUGGCCGUAAAGCCAGCGAGACGUGCAGCGGCUGCAACACGGCGCGCUACUGCGGCUCCUUCUGCCAGCAUAAGGACUGGGAGAAGCACCACCAUGUCUGCGGUCAGACCCUGCAGGCCCAGCAGCAGCAGAGCAGCCAGCAGCAGGGAAGCGUCCCAGGUUCAGAGACCCCUGCCCCCAUCAGCUCCUCCGCCUGCACCCCGAGCAGCGGAACCGGGAGUCCGGCUGCUACCCCGCCCGCUGCUACCCCUCGCUCAUCCACCCCCAGCACCCCGUCCUCCUCCGCCCUGGAUGGCACACAGCGCUAAGAGACUCACGCAGAGGUCGGAGGCCAAAAAAAAAGCCUCCCGGGUGUAACAGCAAGCCCUCAACCCGACAAACAGCACGACUGUCUACAUUGCCUUGCAAAGAUGCUAAGAUAACGUGGCUAGCAGGAAGAGAUGGCAAUGCUUCUGUCUAUCUUGCAGCGUAGUCAUAGAAGGAGGAAGAGGAGGUCCAUAAUCAGGUCAUAUUGACUUGCCAUGACUUUAAAGAAACACAAAGAUAUUCUUUGUUUUGAAUGAAUGAAUUUAAAUAUUGACAUCCUUUUAUUGUUACACUUGCUAUUCUUGUUGUCUGUUUGUCGUUGUACCUGUUGUUGUUAAUGUUGUUGUCAUUGUAGCUUAUCUUAUUUUCUCCUGUAAAUACGAAGAGACUGAUCAGAGAUAGCCGUGAAUUCAAGACAAGUAUAUCUGACCUCCCCUUUUUCAGUGUUUUUUUUUUUUUUUAAAUUUUUCAUCCUUGAAUUACUGCUUAUUUCCUUCCUGUACCUGGGACACGAGACUAGUCGACCUCAGACAUUUUACCAAACAACAUACCAAGGGAACAUAACUAGCUAGCAGAACGACUGAAGUCAUCAAUACUCAUUGUAAAGAAAGAUAUUGAUCUAAAUACCCUGAAAAGACACACAGACGGAAGAAUAAACUAGUUUCCUGCGUGGAGAGGGGAGAGGGAUGGACUGGAUCUCUGGCCCACAGACCGCCAUGAAACGGGCAGAUGUGCAGCAGAUUGCAAGCGGAGCCAGCUGUUCAACCAAUGUUAUUUCCCUCUCACUUGUAAUAAUAUCCAGGUCAGUGGGCUGGGAAAUACAAAUCCGUCUCCCUGAAGGAUGUAAAAGAAGGAAUUCUUGGACAGGAUGCAAAACUUUGCCCGCUGCACAUGUGGAGAUUGUACUGAAUAAGGUUCGCACAUGUAUGCUUGGUGGGUCACGAAAGUCGUCAUCCCACCGGCGAGACUGUCAGAUCACCCGGACAGCAGCCGCCCAGAGCUGGAAACCUACAGUGUGGAGACUCGCCCCAGACACUCCCCUCUGUGUCUCAACUUUGAAAAAAAAAAAAAAACAUUUUCAUCUUUCUUCAUGUUCUUAUUCGUUUUCUGUAGAUGUCAUGGUGUUUAAGACUUCUGUCCUGUGGUGUCACCGAUGGUUAUUUAUUGUAUAUGUGUUGGACAAUUGUGACAAUGCAUAGUACUUCAACCGGUCACAACUCUAAAGUCCUUCAUAACUCUCUCUCUCUCUCUCUCUCUCUCUCUCUCCCUCUCUCUCUCUAGCUGGUGCAAAAAGAGAUAAAAAAAAAAGAAGUGUUAUCUUUUUCCAAGCUGCUUUUCUAUUCUGUGUGUAAGUGGUAGAUUCUUUGUAGUUCUAUAAGUUUUACUUCCCUUUGUCCUCAAGAAAAGACACAAGCUAUAUCUCAGAGCUGCUACUUGAGUCCGACCCAGAUCUUUUCUGAGAACUAGCAUGUUGCGCGGAAUGCUAACCUAAAUGUUUUGUACAAGGGACAUACAUAAAUGUAUUUGCACUGUCACAGAGGUUAUUUCGGCAUGCUUCUUUUCAGCAUACUUGUGUUGUCCAUAUAGAGCCAUAAUCCAUCAAUUCAUUUUGUAUGUAGUAUUAGCAUUAUCUGUUUUUACAUUCUUUGGAUUUGGGGGGAGAUGGAAAAAUGUAAAAUCACCAAAUUCAUUUAUUAUUUUUUUUCUACUCAACAUGCUAAGAAAAGCAGCCAUAAUGUCUUUUUUUCUGUUUGAAUAGUUACAGACAGUGCAUGCACAUUACUGAACGUUUGUUAAAUAUUUGUUAUUUUUUAGAAAAAAAAUGAAAAGCAAACAAAAAAAGUACAAAAUACGAAAAAAAAAAUAUUCUAACAAACUAACUUUCCAAAUGCAGAGGUGUAGACUCCGAUUGACAGCUUUAACACUGCAAAGCACCAGGUAACACACAGUAUUAACACAAGAGUUAAACAUAAAAAACACCAAAAACAGCCAAAGACUGACACCAAGGACCAAAAUCCUGAUUUUAAACAAUUUCUGAAAAGAGGUUUGUCCACUCAAACAUUCGGUUAUUUAUUUCUGCCGGUUUUUGUUCACAACGUGUGACAGAACAUUAAGUUGUUUUUUUAUUUAAUCCUUUCUGUAAAUCAGCAGCACUCAUCUUGCAUUGUGAAAUGAGAAGGUGUGAACUGAACAUAAUGGAACUCACAGCAGUGUUACAUUUUAACUGGAGCAAUAAUAACUAAUGUGACAUGAACACUGACAACUUUUUUGACGGAGGUUUUGAGACACCUUUUGAUCUUGUUUGUGCAUUUUCUCGUUACACAAAUGUCAGAUUAAGUGCCCAUUUCAGCUUUAAGCAGUUAAGUUUGUGAUUCCAAGAGAUGAAUGUGAGACUGGGCUUUCACUCCAACACCAUUUGCAGUUUAUUGUUUUUUUCUUUCAUAUUUAUUUUCAUCAAAUGACGCCAUAUUUGGGAUAAUCAGUCGCAGCUUUCUUGUAAACCUUCAAAUCAAACAAACCUCUCAUUCGCAGUAAGAGAGCACUUAUCCUGACACACACAAAGGCUCUUCACCCCAAACACCUUGGUGCUACACAGAAGCGCGUUACAAAUUCUGACCUCAAGGAACAAGUGGAGGCCCGCAAAGGUUUCGGGGCAGUUCACUCCCUCUGUACUUCCUCAUCUCUCCCUUCUUGUCUAAAUAAAACACACACCUGCAUUCUUGACUUUAAAGGGUUAAACAAUCCAAAAAGGUGUCUGACACCCUUCGAGCGACUUCUCAGAAGCUGUGAAGAAACAGCCAAGCUGUUUUAACACUAGUGUAUUUAAAGGUAUACAACAAAUGACAUAUGUGUUCAUUAUUAUCAGGGCGAAAUCUGGGUUUAGAAAAAAAACGAAGACAAACAUUAUCACUCAAUGAUUCUUUGAGAAGCUCUAUUUUUUCUUUUUCUUUCUUCCCUCCUCUAUGUGUGUUUUGCUACAAAUUCCUCGGUAGCAAACAAGUCUCACUCUACCUCUUACAGCACGAUAAGAGCAUCAGUCGCGGCGCUGAUACUGGUCUAGUCGAAACCAAAUGGGCACAAGAGAACAGGAAAAUAAAAAACCCAAAGUCGAAGCUCAUACAGCUGCAAAACCAUAUCACUACUUGGUAACAAUGCAGACCUCAUAAGUAAAUGAAACAUAAAUGAAUAGAAAUGAGAAAAAAAACCUGAAAAAAAAAACUUUUGUUAUGUUCCUUUAUGCCUGUGGCGUUUCUAGAGUACAUCAAGAGUUUGAAUUGUUUGAACAGAUUUAAAAAAUUGUGCUAAUUUUAAAGAAAAGUGUUGUCGAUUUCCUAUUUCGAUGAUGCAAGCUAAGGUCACAGAUAAGACAUGUUUCUCUUGCUCUUUUUCCUCCCUCUUUCCCCUCCACCCUUCGCCCUUUUCUCCUCUCUCCUGUUGUGAAGACAUGCCGAAGCGCUUGUCGACUUGUCAGCUGGGAGAGAAAGGCAAAGCUUGUAAAAAAAAAAAAAAGAAACACUAAAAUAAAAAAACAUUAAGGCUAUGAAUUUAGGCAUGCCUGUUUUUCACAAUAGGGGGAAAUCUUAUUGAAAUUUCCUACUUAUCAAGAAACAUUGGGGGGGAAAUGUGGGGGCCAACAGUGAACAGCGAAGGCUGUAGCAUUAAUCUGGGGGAAUGAGUUGAACUUCAGGGGUGGGAGGGUUUUUCCGUUCUCUUGAGAAAAAUUUAUUGUGAAAAAAAGAGCUCAAAUAAUUUGAAGUUGUUGUGCAAUACUUAAUUGAGACAUGAAAACCACAGGUUAGUGGUAGGCUGACACUAAGUGGUCUUUCCAUCGCUUAGGGUCAGUGUCCUCUAGAGAGCUUUCCAGUCUACUAUGUCAGAACUGUGGUUUCUUGUUGAUUUUUUUUUCCUUUUUGUUUCUUAUUUUUAAUUCUUUUUUGGGCUGUAAACUAUGGUCUGUCAGUCUGUGAAACUUUGCAGUAUAAUUCUGGUAUUGUUGUUCUCUUUACGGUGUAAUAAAUAUGUUAAUUCCUGCCCAGAGA